AUGCACGCCCGUUCCAUCCUCGUGCUCGGCGCAUCCCUCGCCGCCUUCGUCACCCCCGUUGCCGCUAGGCAAUGGGCUUCCUUCUUCCCGGAUGACACCUGCAAAAAGGGUACUGGCGGACAGACGGUCCGUAUGGACAAGGACAGCUGUCUGAGGGGGCCCCCAUAUGUACCUCAGGGUGUCGAGUUCUACGAUUCCAAAGGCUAUCCGGGCGACGAUCACAGGUACUAUGCUUUGGUUGUAGCUUCCGAGGAUUGCAAAUGUAUCGUUUCGUGCCAGAAUAUUGAUAUGGACGCGGACAAGGAUGACUGUCACGCUCUGACCGGUGACUGGGGUGGCGGUAGAGCCUACUGGUUCUGGACGCUCGGCGACGGGGCCGGUAGCUACACGGAUGUCUGCAACAGCCAUGCUAAUGAGAUCGACAAGAUGCGGUGCCAGUGA